UUUACGUCAACAAAAGUUGCAUAACGGUGGGUUGAACUUUUCUUGGAGAUAGGAGUGAGUAAGACGAGUGUAGCCGAUCCUGAGACGCGACAGCACUUGUUGGUGGCGACUGGAGUGUGUGUCUUUCCAGGCUAAUGUUGAUGGUUUGAUGGUUUGAAGAACAGAAGGAUAGGAAAAGGGAAGACAUUUUACAUUUAAUAUCAAAAGGAUAGAGUUGAUAUUGGAAUUAAAAACUAAUCUACAGAUUUCGUUUUGGACUUAAGAGAUUUUUGAGUAGUGGCAGAGGGAGAAGGAUUGAAAAUGGGAUGGUUGGGCGAUUGGAAUGAGGGAGAGACGGGGAUGAUUUUUUUUAGGUUGGGAUGAUCUUCUUCAGUUUCUUCUUCAGUGCUUUCUUGAGUGUUAUCUUCCGUGCUAAACUCGUCUCAUUCUUCUUCACUUUCUUCAUCUUCAAUUUCCAUUUGAGAUUCUAUAUUCUUUUUUCCAGACUCUUUUCAACAUUCUUGCACAUUCUUGUCAUAGUUCUAUCCUGAUCUUCAAUUUUUUUUUCUGUUAGUUUAGCUAAUGUUUGUGAAAGCAAAACUAUUAUUUUUUCUAGAGAUUCAUUCUUUUUCUCGAGUUCUUCAAUUUGGGUAUCUUUUUUAUCUACUGUGUGUGUGUUGUGCGUAUAUGAUGCGGUUUUGAAUGGGACUAGAAUUUGUGGAUUGGGUAUCAUUAAGGAGAGCUUUACGUGCCUCACCGUAAGAACAGUUGUUGUCGAUUUUGUACUUGAUGACCUGCUCUUCUAGAAGGUAACGGGGACAGGUACGAGACGUGGUGCUGUGGUUGUCCUUGCAGUUGAUGCAUACGGGGUCUACGGUGCACUCUCCAUGCGCAGGGAUACCACAGCUGUUGGGAUAACUCAAGUGAUAACACUGGGUUUUUUGCUGUAGAAAAAUGUAGAGUUCUUUAUUCGCUGCUACUGUAUCGCCAUGUGGUUUUUGACACUCGCUUCCCGUUUCUCCGUCUGUGCGCAAAUGACACAUGUGUUGUUGUGUUUACAAACGGGUUGAGUUCUUAUCAUUCGCGUUGCGAGAACAUUCGCGUUGCGCGAACAUACUGGCCCCUUCAGACGUUAGUUCUGAACCAUUGAAGUUACUGGAAGAAGACACAGCUUCGCAAUUGGCCGAGUGUAUUCGCCAGAAGCUGUCUUCAAUGUCACAACUCGUGCUACUCCAUCAUCGCCUGGGUGUGUUUUGAUGAUGCGUCCUAGCGGCCAAUGCAAUGGGGUAGUUGACUCGUCCUUGACCAAAACAAGUUGGCCAACGUCUAUUUUUACUGGUUGUUGGAAUGUAAGGGUUAUGAAACGGUCAUUUUGAAUUGUUUGCGGUUGUUUUGUCAGUUGGGAAUUAAAAGUUAAAUGUAUUUUCUGGCAGCACUGCCGAUCGACAAUUUGUGAUUAAGUAUGUGUGCGAAUAAAGCGGCACUAGCGCAUGAAACUCGAUACGAGCCGGACGUGUUCUUUACUUUGUCUCCUUUGGCGAUCGAAGACGACACAACAAAACACAACGUAGGGCGUAGAGGCGUCAAGGGGGGAAAGGAACCAACAAACCAUGUUCCAGAACGCAACAUUGGUGCCGUGACCAGGAUGGUCUAAUAUUUGCGGUUUGGUUUGACUGGUUAAAGUGAAGAACUUUGUGUGAUUUCUUUUGGCAAAAUUCGCGUAACGCGUGUGAAAUCUGAAAGUUCCGUAUCGAGCGUUGGUGGAUUUCUGAAUAAGAAAAAUCGCGAAAGCGUGAGAAAUCAUUGUGCUAGUGGGUGUUCUUUGCGUGUGUAUGCAUUUUGUGUCGCGUAUUAGAAAUGUCGGUUAGUGAAGAUUUUGCCGGUUUCUCUGACGCAUCGGGUUCGAACAAUACAAUGCAACACACACAAGCAGAAGAACUGGAUAUGAUUAUCCUAAAGCGCGAGCGCGACCGAGUCGUGCAAUCGUUGACAAGAAUCGACACGUUUUUGGCGCAGUACAAAGAGAGUGAUUUCCCAGAAUUGACGCCUCGUCUUGAUCUAUUGAACGAGCGUUGGAGGGAGUUUCAGGCUUUGGCUCGAAAUAUUGGCGCAAAAGAUUACAGUGAAGAUAACGAUGUGCUUUAUGGUGAGAUUGAAGACAAAGUCAUGCUAUUGAAAGGAAAAUUAUUGGGAAAGCUGCGGGCUGGAGCGGAGAUACCGAGUGUGAAACAGGAACGCGUGUGCGAUGAUUAUAAUAGUGUUCGUUUGCCUCAGUUGACGCUUCCUCAAUUUUCCGGAAAAUAUGACGAAUGGCUCCCGUAUCACGACAUGUUUGUUGUUACUGUUCAUGAGAACGAGAAAUUGUCGCAGGUUGAAAAGAUGCUUUAUUUGAAGGGUUCUCUGAAAGGUGAAGCGCUGAAGGUGGUGGAUACUUUGCAAGCCUGCAAUUCGAAUUAUGACGUAGCUUGGGAUGCUUUGAAAAAGCGAUAUUCUAACGAAUAUAUUUUGAAAAAGCGUCAUGUUAACGCGAUGCUACAAUGGCCACGGAUGAAAGUCAUGAACACGGUGGGUAUUCAUGGGCUUAUCGAUUGUUUCGAAAGGAACUUACAAAUUCUAAAGCAGUUAGGUGAAGUGACCGAACAGUGGGGAUGUUUGAUUAUUCAGAUAAUCAUUUCAAAGUUGGACGAAAGCACCCAACAAAAGUGGGAAAGGCACGUUGAAGAAAGUGAGCAAAAAACGGUGACGGAUUUGUUAAACUUUUUGCGCACACAGACGCGCAUAAUGGACGCGUUUGCAGUGGAUAGGCCAAUGGCGGCGGGCAAAUCUACAAGUGAACGUCGUGUUGCGUCUAAUGUGGCUGCAGAAGCAAAGUGCGCAAAAUGUGAUGGAUCGCACAUGGUGGAAAAUUGUGACUCGUUUCGGAGUUUAACGUUGCCGCGUCGUCGUGAAGUGGUUGAAGCUAAGAAGCUUUGCCUUAAUUGUUUGAGGCAAGGGCAUUUUCAAGCCAAGUGUUGGUCACGUGCGCGAUGCAAUAUUUGCAAUCGUAAACAUCAUUCCCUUCUACACGGUGAAAAUGUAAGUGAAACGAUCGGUCCGUCGGUUCGUGAAGAACUUCCAUCUACCAGUGGCACGCAAAAUGUGGUGGUGAACGCGUCAUCGAACAGAGAGUGCACUUCUGUGUUAUUAUCAACGGCGAUAGUGAGUGUGCGUGCGUGUGGUAACAAAUGGUUGUCAGCAAGAGCAUUGAUCGAUAGUGGGUCUCAGGUGAACCUGAUGACAAAGGGCUUGGCUGCGCGGCUUAAGUUACCGCAAUACGAAAGUAAAACGGCAUUAUCGGGAGUUGGACAUUCGAAAGUGGACAUAACGACGUCGGUAACGACUGUCAUACGUUCUAAAAGUUGUAACUAUCAAGAACGUAUGCAGUUUCUAGUGUUGCCGAGAAUUUCUAGCUACAGGCCGGUAAUUGGAAAUCAAAUUAGCAGGCAGAAUCUCCCGAUGAAUUUUGUGCUCGCGGAUCCUAAUUUCGAUAGUGAUGCUGAAGUGGAUUUAUUGUUGGGCUCCGAAUUUUACGCGACUUUUUUGAAACCGGACAACCGUGGUAAAAUUAGGCUCGAGCUACCAGCGCUCCCAACAUUUAUUAGCACUGUUUUUGGAUGGGUUGCAACUGGGAAAGUUCCGCUGGCUUCUGAAGGUAGCAAUUAUGUUACUUGUGGCACGUGUACUAGGUUGGACGAUUUAAUUGAGCGUUUUUGGAUUAUUGAAGAAAUACGUGAGCCGCUUCAACAUAGUCAGGAAGAAAGGGAUUGCGAAGCACAUUUUGUGCAAACUCAUCAGCGGGAUAGUGAAGGGAGAUAUAUAGUGAAGCUGCCAUUUAAGUGUGACUUACAGAACCAAUUGGGACCGUCCAGUGCGAUAGCGAGAAAACGAUUCUUGCAGUUAGAACGACGUUUCAAUCGGGACCCAUGGUUGAAACAAAAGUAUACGGCGGUUAUCAACGACUACAUCGACAAAGGGAUUUUAGUCAAAGUGGCUGCGAACCCGAUUCUGAGGAAGCGCAUGGUCAUUAUUUCUUACCGCAUCAUCCGGUAA